AUGAUUCCGUGGCUUGGGACAGGUUAGUGAUGUUCUAAAAAACCACUCUGUGUUGGAGUCUAUGGCAUAAGAAUCAAACUGGCUCUUCAAAACACAAGGGAUCGAAAGAGAACACCUUCAUAAAAAAAAAAUUUCACUUUGAUUUCUUUUAUAUUGCCUCCUGCUCAUUUCAUCUGUGCAGAACAUUUGGACCACUUAUACGAGAAAAAAUAAGACGUGUCUUACAUAAGACGCGUCCUAAAUAAGACGCAAACUAUCCCGUAUGAACGGCACAUUUCGUCUGAAAUUUAGCUAAGACGCGUCUUAUUUAAGAACAGCCCUUCACACCUGUUCUUCGAUAAGACGCGUCUUAGCUAAGUCGCGUCUUCUUAUGCAAGACGCAUCUUAUUUUUCCUCGUAUGAAUGUCCCUAUUGACUCCGAUGGAUAGCAACAUCCUUGGAAAGAAUUAAUCCUUUUUUAACUAUUCGACGACCUUCACAAACGCAUACUCAUUAAAAAAAUUCACCACUUCGUAGGUCACCCCCACUCGCCUUAAUACCCCCCAAUCUUCUCUUAGCCAGUUCAGACAUCAGGUUUGGACUGAGGGUGGUGCGAGAUAAGAGCACCAGGGAGGAAAAAAACGCGGAAGAUUUGAAGAAGGGGAGGUUAAAGAAGGUUUUUCGCCCUCUCCCUACCCCCUCCCUUGCUGUUUUUUCCUGCUCCUUUUCUUUGCGACAAUUAAAUUCUGUUGUUAAAGUAGUCUUGUUUUUAUUUUCAUGUUUUCCUGCCUGUGUGUGAUGUGUUGUUCCAUCAUCCAUCAUGACAUGCAAUCACCGCAAUGCCGGGCUGGAUAACAAACAAAGGCUUAUUAAUUAGGUAGGUAAAAUAAUUCCUACCUUGAUCUCAUCGGUUUCUCUUAUUAUCCUCAACCCUUGAACCUAUGAACAAAUUCAUGACUCACUAUGUGAAAAAGCAAAUCUAUAUUGUAGAGCACGAAAGAAACGGGUCCAAACAUCGAAAAGCUUUUGAGAACUCGUUUUCCAUACCCUUGUGCAUUCCAGAUCGAGCAAAUUGGAAUAAAAGUGUUCGCUACUUAAAGCGAUUGAGUUUUUGCUGUGGGUUCUGCUCCACUAACCAGAGAGAUUAAUCUGUUUACAUAGAACCUGUGACAAGCUCUACUGGGCGAAUAAACAGAUAACAAUGAAAGAAUGGAACUCUUUCAUUAACCCAUGGCUAACAUCUUUGCGAGAGAAGAGAGAGAGAGAAACCGAAACCCGCUGGUGCCUGCUCCCGUUUUUGCGCUUACCUGGAGGCAAAUGAGCCUCAAUCUUUGCUGUAUUAUUUAAACUAUUUUUAUCCUUGCCUCACCUUCUCUUGACAUGUGACUUUUUUUGGCUAAAACAGUGAAGGCUCGAAGUGGCGGACGAGAAGAAAAUUGAUCACGCCAACCUUCCACUUCAGAAUUUUGAAUGAUUUUCUUCAAGUAUUCGAAGAACAAGCAGCGAUUUUGGUUACUCGCCUUGAGGUAAUUAAAAUUUAUAUUUUCUCCAACCCUCCGAAGGGUUAACUGAGUUUAAUAUUCAGCAUGGUGUAUGCGAGAAAACUUACAAUAUGCCCUAUUUUAACAGAAACAUGUCGGCAAACGAGUCUUCAACUUGAUGCCCUUCAUCUCGCUUUGUACGCUGGAUAUCAUUUGCAGUAAGUAUAAUUGAAUUCUAAAAUAUCGAAUGUAACCUCGGUUUUCACUGGGAUCAAUAUUUAUAUUCCCUAAGCUGCAUUAACAGAACGCCUGCCACUCAUCCAAACCUAGCUCCUAUCUUCUACUUAAAUAGAUGAAGUUGUAUCAGAGGUUACAGCCUCACGCGAUAUUCAGGGAUUAUAUCGACCCAUUCGCUCUUGAAAAUUUUGCCGCAAACGCGUCUUGAAGCUAGUUUGAGCCGUUUUCUGGUCACUGUCUAGCUAUAAAGAGCUAAACCUUACCACAAAUCCGUUUAUAGGUCGUAGACUUCGCGGCCGGAUCGAGAUCCAAAAAUUCGCUUCCGAAGUUAGAGCAUGCGCAAAAAGCAAAAUUUUGAGAAGGUUCAAUAAUGACACGGCAGUCUUAACUUCCCUCCUCCCCUCUUUUUUGGCCUUUUUCUCUGGCCUUCGUGACUGAGCUCAGUGGUAUGUUCUGAAAGAUCUCUUCACCCUGCACAAGUUAGCUGACAAAGUUUACGUCCUUGGACGUCAAAACUGAUGACGUCAAAAGCGGUAGAAGGAGCGUGGAUUCACACGGGCGAAUGGGUUAAGAAAGUCAGGGUCCUUAAUUUCUAUUGUUAAGGAACUUAGUGUACAUGUGAUCAUAGAGGUCAUGAUAAUCUGAUGGAAAUUAUUCCUUUUGUUUGUUUUCUUUGAUUUUAAGUCACCUCUAUGGAUUCAUCGCCAAACGCUCAAGAAAAUAAUGAUUCUCCAUACGUAAAUGCUGUCUUGAGGUUUGGAAUAGCCAUAGAACUCAUUUCGCUGAAUUACUUAAUUACUUCCUAACGUAGCUUAGAGUCUAGCAAGAUGGUCCCCAAAGAGUCUGAAAUAGGCUCUUCGAGAUGUGGAGUUGGCCUUAUUUGUAUGCCCGCAUUCGGGAUAUCGAUUUCAUAGCAAAAUAGUAGCAAGAUUCAGAAUUGAAAGUAUGCACGAGAUGCGGGAUCCCGAAAAUAACCAGCGGGAAUACGGGAUUGUGAGAGAUAAGGUUCGGGAUGUGGGAUUUCCCUUAUUUGAAGUUCGGGAUUCGGGACUUAAAGCAAAACGAGGGCAAGAUUCGGGAUUGAAAGUAUGCACGAGAUGCCGGAUCCCAAAAUUAAACAUUGGGAUUACGGAAUGCUUCAAAUCACUGCUAGCCACAGGUCUGUGAGGUAUAAUACUAACCUCUCUCCUCCCAUUCAGAGUUGUUCCUUCAAGUUUUGAGCCUGUUCUUGUAUUGCUAGUGACUUUGAUAAGGGGUUGAGGGGGGUCACAAGCACAAGUUCAUGGACGGGCCAAUUAACCCAAAAUACGGUACAGUGUCUCAAGUACUUUUGCAACUGGCUGUAGAUCCCCGGCUGUUAUUCUUUAGAUUUUUACUUUUUUUGCGUGACCGGGCUCCACCUCGAGAAUGCCGGCCUCUAAUUGGCAUGGCCUAUGGAGUGUUUUUACAUGACGUCACGGCGGCCAUAUUGGUGCCCCAAAACAAUGAAACGGCGGCCAUGUUGGUCUCCCAAACUAGUCCUGUGGGAGUUGAACUCUUUUCUUAUGCAAACGCUUUCUUUUGUUCUAAUAAAUUUGCUUAGAUGCUGAUCACAUGAGUGAAAACACUCUAUAAAAACGUAAAGGACCCAAGCCCCGCGAACCGAAACUUUGUCCUAAAUAGCUAAGAGAUUCAUAACUGACAGAUCAUACACACACUUACGAAGGACUAGUUUACUUUUACAUGCAACAGAAUGUCCAAGCUGGUUCACAAGAGGCAGAGGUCUCCUUGGCUUUGGAAUGAUGUCAUUUAUAGCUUUACGCCUUCGGGAAGAGAACAUGAUAAAUGCCUUAGGAUUCUUCACGAUUUCACAAACAAGGUACUUUUUUACUUUACUUUUUAGCAAAUGCAGGCCUGAAUUAUCGAUGACACAUUGUCAACUCGUCCCACCCCUUUAUUUCCCUCAACCAUGUCUUAUAUCUUAGUACCGUAGAUGCUCGAAUAAGCGCCUAUUUGAUUUUUUUUUUGGUUCGAGAGGGGGCACUAAUUUUGGGGAGACCCUUAUUAUAUAGACUUGAGUUUCAACGUCCUGUAGUCGCCAAAUUCGCUGUCCUUGUCAGAUAUCAUGCUACAUUCAUUGAAGAUAUACCUACUAAAUCCUAUAUUAAUAUAAACAAUAAGGGGACGCUUAUAUGUAGAAUUCAAAACAAAAGGUUUCAUGAAUAAUUAUUCUUUCUAGGUGGUUUCUUAGCGCGAAACUCCGACACAAAUGCCUGAACAGGCUGUCAUGUCAGCUGACAAGUAAACCAUUAAAUAUAUUCCAUUAGGUCAUUGAUGAGCGAAUCGCUGACCGAGCUGCCAAGAACAAUAUUUCACAAAAAGAGGAAGAAGACGGGGAAACCAGUAAAGAAGAGGAUGUGUUUAAAAGACAGAAGCGUCUGGCAUUUCUCGAUCUAUUACUGGAAGCGUAUGACAAAGGGGAAAUUUCACGGGAAGGAGUUAGAGAAGAAGUGGAUACGUUUAUGUUCGAGGUCUGAAUGCUUGUGAUAAUUGCGCUUUGGCUCGUUUUCUUUUGUUUUUGUCAUUAUUGGCGUCGAUGUUUUGCAUUUUGUUUCGGCUGUUUUAAUAUGUGACGAAAUGGAAAUACUCGGUCGCAUUAUAGAAAAGAACUUAGAGCAUACUUCUCACUCACCUACAACCUAGCGUGUGCAUAGACAUUUUUAUAUUUUUCUUUUUGAAAAUCGACGAGCGCAGAGCGCGCUUCCCCCCACCCCUUGCGCUAGCGGUCAGUAAAUCCCCCGAUUUCAAAUCCAUACGCGCGCACGAUGAUCUCGAAAGAGAAAAUAGAAGGUCUAUGAACAGGCUACCUACACCCAUGACGUGAUAACCAGGCCCCUCUUUUUCAAACGGUGAAUAACUAUAUCCCCUGGAUAAAUCAUCAUUCACUUAAUGAAGCAAUUGGUUUCCCUCAUACUAAUCCACUGGAUAGUAAUUUAUCCGGUGAACUUUUGAAUAACUGGGACCAGAUCAGAAAUAAAACAAGGCCCAACAAAACUGAAAUUGGUCACAGAGACGUAACUAUAACUUUCACUUAGAGUUGAAGUUGAAAAAACUUUCUAACUUCUGCACAGUGUGUCCAAAUGAGACUCACAUUUUCCGACUGUCCUAUAGUAGGGUAGUGUGACGUCAUGUUACCAUAGUAACAAAAUUUCUGGAUUUUCAACAAUCUUUCUUGAAAAAGACGGCAUUUGCAUUGUCAACAGUUCGUGGAGAUCCAGAAAUUUUGCUACCAUGGUAACAUGACGAAACGACUUCUCCUCUCCAUUCAGGACUCCACCCAUAUUCAAUCCAUUAACCCUUUAAGACCCAAUAUCCACAAACAAAUUCUCCAAACUGAUCUCUAUACAUUUCCUUACAGAAUUAGUUGAGAGAAAUUGAUAAAAGAUCAGAGAUUUUUCUCUUUGUGAUCAUUUGAUUAAUUCUCAUAGAUGUUGCACUUGACAAUCUAUGGGUAUUGUUAGGAGAAAAUUGAUGUUGGUUACUAUGGAACUUAAAGGGUUAAAAUAUUACUUCACAAUGUUUACUUGAGUGAGCAACUGAUCAUCAGCCAAGGCUCCGAGGUUAUGCAAGAUGAAGUCUCCAGGAACAUCCUUUAAUCGCUUUUCUGUUCGUUUAAGGGUCAUGACACCACAGCUGCCGGUAUUUUGUUUGCCUUAUACCUUCUUGGGCGCCAUCCAGAAAUUCAGCAAAAAGUACAGGAAGAGGUGGAUCUGUUUUUUGGUGAGGGCAAAUCAAGAGUAAGAAGUGUGAAUACUGUUCAAAAGUAAAGUUUGCGAUUAUUGUCUAACUGAAUCGAUGUUUUACAGACCGUCGCCCUGAAACACUGUCAGUGGAUGAUUUAAAGGACUUGCGUUACCUGGAAUGUGUUAUUAAGGUACUGAAAUUAAUAUUUCAUUUUUUUUUUUUUGAGUUGUGAGAUUAAUAGAAAGUGGGAGUCUGCCGUAAUCCAAAGACUGGUUUUCCUCGAUUGUUUUGAAUGAUCAAGGUAGCUGAUCUGGGCACGAUUAAACCAGUCAACCUAUCUGUCAGGCAAUUGCCGCGGUAGCCCAAAUAGUCCAGAUCACCUCCAUCGCCCGAACACAUCUUGAGACAACUCGGGCCAUCGAAGAUAAUCCGGACAAUUAUAUGAAAACAGUCCGAUAAUAUCCUCCAUGACAGGCGCAGUGGGCAUUUCGCACGAAGCCGGCUCAUCUCGCGCUUCUUGCGAAAUGCUCUGUUCGCCUCGCUGCGCUGGAGGAUACCCUAUCCAGACUUAAGAUAUACCAAUCAUGUAACUUGUCCCUCGUUGCAGCUAGAGGUGUUUUGCGAUCGCCUGAAGGAAUUUGGAGACGAUACAGGCGAAAAUUUAGAGCUUCGGCGAUACUUGUUAUCCACUCAUUUUAACCUUAUUAUUUAUGUUAAUUUCCAGGAAGCCCAGCGUAUAUUUCCAUCGGUUCCACAUUUCGCUAGAACGACUACAGAAGACUGUCAAUUGGGUAAGUAAUGUUACUAUGUCUUCCUUUCCACCUGCAAGCAGUUCUAAAAGUAUCGACCCUAAGCAAGGUUAUUCAUGCUAUGGUGAGAGGUCAUGUGACGAGGGAAUGACGUCAUGAUUUAAGUUGACUACCAUAUAUCAGAUUCACCAACCAGGGGAUCCAUUAGGUCAGGUCACAGCCCACAAACAUGCCAAAAUUAACAUCAUUAAAAUGAUCUUACGUAAACAGCGCGCCUUUCCUUUUUCCGCCUGCACACUCCAAGCGCCUGGGGCCCCGAAUUCCCCUUACCCGUAACAUCAGAAAGAAAAAAGUGCCCACUCAUGCGCAGGCUAUAGCCUGGAUAAUUUAGGAAAAGAAAAAAGAUAAUUCAAAUUCCGUUAAAUUGUAGGUGAAUAUUUCGCUCCGAAAGGCACAACGGUUGGGGUUUCACCAAUGGCUCUUCACAGAAAUCCGGAAAUAUGGCCAGCACCGUUGCAAUUCGAUCCAGAUCGCUUCCUUCCAGAAAACAGCCAAGGGAGACAUCCAUUUGCUUUUCUUCCAUUUUCAGCAGGACCGAGAAACUGCAUCGGUAGGACAUUAAAAUUUACAAAACAAGCGGUUAUUAAAACAGGCAAACAGGUUUAAUUUUGUCAUGCCAAAAUUAUAAUCCCAGUGGACAGCUAACGUCUUCCACUGGAUAAUCCAGCCGUCCCUCCUUGCUCCUCGCCGUUCGCAUGUGAGACGUCUUUGCUUCAGCGACAGAAAUUCCAUACUGAUGACGUCAAUUGAUGUUUACAUACUGUAAUUAAUCCUGUGUUCACGGGUUUCCAAAUAUAAAUCUGAUUGAUUUUAUGUUUCUCCAGGUCGAUUAAGGUAAAGUAUGAUGUUCUUCUAGGAACGAGCUCCAGCAAAACUCAAUUGUUUAAUUCUCUUAAAAGAAGAAUAUAUUCCACGAAUAUUGACUGUUUUGUAGUCGAUUCAUCGUGUUCACAUUUGACCUUUAGCCCUUUGUCAGUCAUUCUUAAACGAUAGCUAAAAAAAACAAUAGAACUAUUACUUCGUCGACCUAUCAGAGCUUCAGACCAGAUUCCAGAUUCCAGAUAGAUUUUACGUCAUCAGUACGGAAUUUCUGUCGCUGAGGCGCAGACGUCUCUACUGCGAAACCUCCCUAGUGGCAAGGGGUGAUGAGAGACGUCUGUAUUCGCAGGCUAUCAUAAGUACCUAGAGUCGUCGCCUUACAAGAGCGGAGCGGAGCGUCGGUUACGAGGGAUUCGCGACUGUAUUUUUUUUUCUUCCUUACAGGUCAGCGGUUUGCCCUCAUGGAAGAAAAGAUUGUGUUAUCUCAUGUUCUGCGCUCCUUUAACGUGGAGUCCACUCAGACUUUUGAUGAACUUUUGACAUGCGCGGAGCUUAUUACCCGACCUAAAGAAGGACUAUUCGUCACCUUAGGAAAACGCCAGUAAAGCCACAGAAGACGCGAAUACAACAAAGGACAUUGGUGACCUCAGAGGAACUAUGCAAGAGUUAAAAAUUGUACACGUUUUACUUUUCAAACUACAAUAAUCAGAAGAUAUCUUAAAAUCACGGGCUUUUCACUACGGCUAAAAGGCUGUAGUUUCUUUUUAACAGAGUAGGCGCCCAAUUUCAGGAAACGUACCAUACAUCCCGCCAAACAUUUUAAAGCUCUCACUUCCCAGGAUUUUAAGAUGUUAUUUAUAAUUAAAGGAGCUGCGUCAAAAAAUUUAUUAAAUUAAAAUUGCAUUACCGAGAGCUGUCACCAAAUUGUGUGGAAACACAAGCAAAUACAAAAGAAGGCACGAAUGGAUAAACUUGAAGAUUAAAACGAUGUACAAGUGCUGUUUUUGAAAACUUGUUUGCAAUUGCCUAACAGUGUUUUUCAAAGUUCAUUUUUGUUGUUUUUAACGUUAGAUAUAAUGCUUUCAGAGCCUGAAAUAUUUAUUUGAUAGGAAGCUGUGAUUUUUUUGUGAUUACUGAGUAAAUUCAUCGCUAACGUUAAGUUCCUUCGCGAAUGUAGACGCGCUAUUGGCAAUAAUAAUUAUAGACACGUUAAGAUGAGGUUUAAUCAUUUUACUGUAAACGACAAACUGCCGUUUGCGGUUAACAGUUUCACGUUACCCGUCUGCCCAUAUUUGGGACUUAAGAUUCGCGGGUGGUAUUUUGCGGCUGCCAUGUUUGUUUUUAUUUGUCCACUUACUUCUAUUUUAGCUGAAAAUUUGUCUCCAAAAUUACGUUUUCUGAAAUAUAAUUCGAUGGCUCAUAAGCAAAAGAGUUCCAGAAAGUCGCAUUUUUUCUCAAACGUGGGAUUGUGAUGUUUUAGGGUGCAAAAAACCUUGCGGUAAAUCACUUACCUAUGGAGCGUGGUCUAGCCGUAUAAACGUGGACCUCAAACCGCAAACCUGACGGCAAGGCCCUGGUCACGUGACUACUUGACGUUCGCGGUUAGCGGGAAAUGCCGAAAAAACCUCCAUCUUAAGGUCUCUAAUAACCUAAUGAGUCAAACUUGUGACACAACCCUUCUAACGACUAUUACUAGUAAUAACCUAAGUUUAGGGAGUGCGGGCGACAACGAUAGAAUGUCAAAACGCUUUUGCUCCAACGCUGUGCUUUGCGUAAGUUUCACUUGAUAUAUGGUCAAAACACGCGUGAUCAGAAUACGCCGGAGGGGUAGAAGGGCGAAACGCGCGUGAUCAAAUUGCGUUUUGUGCAUCCUUUCAUUCUUAGUGGAAGUCUAAACGAAUGCUUGCUACACUGUAAUUUUCAGGGAGUUAUAAUAACUCCUCUAGUGGGGCUAAUUUAACUCCUUACAGUGGAGUUAUUUUUCGUGGAGUUAUUUUAACUCCAAAAGGAGUUUAAAGAACUCUUUUCAGGAGUAAAAGUGACCACAGAUUUUGAGGAGUUAAAAUAACCCCAAAAAGGAGUUAUCCUGUACCUAACAUUUUUACUCCACUUUCAGAGUUAAAUUAACUCCAAAAAAAGAGUGAAAACAACCCCUGUAAGGAGUACAAGUAACCCCAUUUCGGAGUAAUUUUAACUCCAAGACUGGGAGUAAAAAAGAACUCUUUUUCAGGAGUAAAAAUGACCCCAAAUUCGGAGUUAAAUUAGGAGUUAAAAUAACCCAAAAAAAGGGGUUAUCCUGUACCUAAAAUUUUUACUCCAUUUUUGGAGUUAUAAUAACUCCCUAAAAAUUACG